AUGGGUGCUCAACCACGUUAUCAAUAUCCAAAAACUAUUUAUACUACUCCAGGCGGUUACUGGUGUGUUAAACCACUUGGUUACAAGAGAAACUUCACCACUGCUAUUGUCGGUGUUGCUGUUACUUUAGGUAUUGCUUUUAUUAUUGGUUCAAGAAUCGAAAGAAGACCAUUAACUGGUCACCCAUGUGCCCCAAUUCCACCAACCCAACACGUUAACAAAUACAGAGAAGUUGAUGAUCCAUACUAUUCAACUAAAGUUGCCAACAAACAAUAA